AUGAAGAUUGCGGAGCUCAAGAGCGAGAUGCAACGGUGGAACCCAUGUGAGGAUGAAGUCAUGCGCAGACUCACCCCGGUUGACUUGGUCGUCGGGGACAGGUACCCGGAUGACAUGGAGAGGGUCGACGAGGUGGGCAUCCUUCCGGGGGCAGAAGUUCAAGUCGUCUUUCGUCAUGUGCCGCGAGUGACCUGCGCACAUAAAGACGAGGCAGGUUGCGAUUCUCGUUCGCUGAUUUUUGUGCACAUUCCUCCGGGAGUGAGAAAAAUUCGGCCUGGGGCCUUCCAGAAGUGCAGCUCCCUGGUACGGGUGAUCAUCCCAGACUCCGUGACCGUCAUCGGGAACAGCGCUUUUCGAGAUUGUCACUCUUUGAUCAGCGCGGUCAUACCAGCUUCCGUCAUCACCAUCGAACAUGCUGCUUUCAGCAAUUGUAAGUCUCUAAGAUCUUUGAUCAUACCCGACACGGUGCAGAACGUUGGAAUGGGUGCGUUCAAGGGCUGCACGUCUUUGACGUUGACCAUCUCAGCAUCUCUGUCCAGCUGCUUGUCUGGCCUUAAUUAUUGCAGAAUCAACACGAAGGUUUGCAGAUGUCGAGAAUGUCAGGUGGAGUGGUUUGAGGACGGAUGGGUAUGUCCUGACACAUGGCGGCGGUGGCAACGAGGUGAAUACCAAGAGUACGGUUCCGUGACAUUCAGACUUCGUUAUUGA